GUUAUUGUUGUGAGGUUCGUGGUACAGUUCAUCUCGGCGAAUGUGUCACUGUAAAUUGAACUUGUCAUCAGUCUCAUACAUGUUUUCUCCUUUAUCACCGAACAUCGUUUUCCAAGAAGACAUUGUUCUGAUUAUCUAAGCUAAAUCGGGUGCAUCACUAUUCUGUUGCCAUGGAGAAGACAUGGGGGAUGGAGUUUCGCAAUGUUGGAAGUUGCUACUUUCCUCAGAGCAGAGUGGACUGCCACUACACCAUCAACCCACAGCACACAUGGGCCAGUAAUGACUGGAUUGGACUAUUUAAGGUUGGCUGGUCAUCAGUCAAGGACUACCAUACAUUUGUUUGGGCAGUUGCUCCAUCCAGCUACAAAGAGGGGACCUCUGUCAACUGCUGUGUUAAUUUCCAAGCUUCUUACCUACCAGGGCCUAGUGCCCAGCAGUACCAGUUUGUCUAUGUGGAUGGAAGGGGAGAGGUUUGUUCUCGCAGCACUGCCUUUAUCUUCUCAGCCCCAAAGCCCUUUGAGGAGCUGGUGACUCUGGAGGAGGAGGGCCAGGGGGAGGAAGUGGGCGAGGACAUGUUGCUGGUCAUCCCAAGAGCCCAGCUUCUGCAGAGUCGUCUCCAGGAUUGUUUGAAGGAGCGUGCUGAUCUGCUCCAGGCUCUGGAAGCAGCAGACCAGAACGUGGAGAGGGAGAAAGGCAGGAGAGAGAGAGACAGAGGCUCCUGGGAGCAGAGCCGCAAGGAGCUGGAAAGGAAGAUCAGCGAGCUGAAGGAGGAAGUGAGAGAAUAUAGGGAGAAAGUAGAGGAGAUGAAGAAGAAGCAGAAGGAAGUUGAGGAUUUAGGUGAGGCCCUGACAGAGGAGAAGAGAGCCCUGCUGAAUCAAAAAGAAGCUAAUGAGCAGCGAAUCAGAGAGCUAGAGGAGGACAUUAAAGUACUGACCCAGAGAGGCCUGGAGAGAGAGACUGACCUAGAAAGGAUGAGGGAACGGGCCAAGAAAGCAGCAGCUCAAAAGAAGGAAGAUGAGGAUGAACACAAGAACCUGAAGAUAAAGAUGGAACAAACAAAGAACGAGCUGCACAGUCUGUCAGCAGAGUUCCAGUGUCUGAGAAGCUCAAUGGCCCAGAGAGAUACACAUGCCCUACAGCUCCGAGACACCAUCACCACCCUCAAACACAAACUCAACAGCGCUCACAGGAAGGAGGCAGCCAAUGAAGUGGCUUUGAGUGAACUCCGGAGUGUUCAAGAGCGUCUGAACGUGAGUGAACGCUGUGUGGAGACUCUGAGGGGGGAGCUGAGAGACAUGGUUGCUCAGAGGGACACCGCACAUGCCGAGCUUCAUCAGGCCCGUCUGCAGGCCGCACAGCUCACACUUCAGCUGGCAGAUGCCAGUCUGGCUCUGAGAGAGGGGAGGGCCAACUGGGCACAGGAGAAAGAGACCCUGCAGCAGAAUGCUGAGUUGGACAAAGUGCGUCUGGAACGUCUAAAUGAUGAGAUCCAGCAGAAGGAGGAGAUGUUGCAAGAGGCGAGGAUGGAGAGAGAGAAAGCAGUGGUGGAGCUGGGACGAGAGAAAGACUGCAAUCGGGGUAAGUACAAAAAAUACACGUUUAUGAAUUGUAAGGUGUCCAGUUUCCCAAAUAAUUAUUAUAAUUUUCUCUAUAGCUGUACUGAGAAAACAGAAAAACAAGAGGAAAAAAAGGAAACUGCAAUUGGAUGUAACAAUGAACUAACUAAAAACAACUUUGCAAAUACAAAUCUGAGUAUACUUGUUAGGAUGAGUGCACUCAGAAGUGCAUGGUCUGGGACAAACAGGAUUUUAGAGGAAGUGAUGGAGUACAGCCGUCAGCUGGAGAGAAGGCUGGAGGUGCUGAGUGAUUCUAAAUGGAGUGAGACGGCGCUGCUGCAGAGCAGUCAUGCUGAAAGCCCACUGCUGUCUGAUUCUGAGGACGAGAACCCCGAGGCUUUGCAGGACGCACACUCUUCUGGGCCUCUGAACCACUACAGUCUGUGCGAGCAGCCCCAGGCCGACCUGCUGCUCCCGGCCACCCCUCCACCUUCACCCAGGCACCCCUCGGGCAUGGACACAGUGGUCAUCAGCCAACCUGCACCCCUCUCAUCUCCACAUCAGCCCAGUGCUCACACACACGCUCACAGCUCUGAGUCGGAGGAAGAGUAUGAGGCCGCUCUGUCAAGAGGGCACAGCUCUGGAGAGGAGACGGCUCUUCUCCUGCCUGACAACAGAGACACUACCCUCGGAGAUCUGGCAGAGAGCCCCUUGUGGUGAGAAGCAAAACUGCAGGAACCGAGGGGCCAGCGCAGCAUGGACUGCUUUGCACCAGUGCAACACGUGUUAUGAGUUUUGUAUUUAGAAGCAUUUGCGCUUUAUAUCAUAUUGACAUGAGUAUUUAAAUAUGCAAUUUGCUUUACACUUUUUAUGCACUUAGAAUAUGCAUAAGCUAUUAGAACACUUUAUGUCGCACACGGUUUUAAGGUAACUUUCACGGAUGUGUUAUUUUACACACAUCAACUGACAAGCAGAAGGUGUCUGUAAUGAGAAGAUUGAGAGAAAGCUUGUAUUUGAGGCGGAGGAGGAGUUUUUCUGUGUGUGUUUUUUAGGGUUGUUUUUCAAUCUUGAUUUUCUUGUGUUCCGUCAUAAGACUUGUACUGAUAUAACAAUUAUCAUUAAUGUACAUCAGCAAUAAUGUAAAGCACAAUACCAUCAAGAUCCUUUCAGGUUUUAAAUGUAAGAUUUAGUUUGGGUGCUCUUUAUUUCGUGGGUCUUGUGGUAGAAGUAUUUUUAACGUUUUUUGUUUGUUUGACGAUAGAUUGUGUGAAAGUUCACACAUUAAAUGAUUGAUUGAUUAUGUGUAAUGGGAUACACCAGCCAGCGACUGAUCGUCCUGUUUAAAUGUAAGAGCAAAGAGUGGCACUUUAGAUUCCUUUCAAGUCGUUUACUCUCAUCCUCAUGGAACAUUCAUAUGUGCAAAAUCUUCUUUGGAGGAAAUCCACUUUAGCAUGGAGGCUGAGCUGAGGGAAUUAUGAAGUUUAAUUAGUCACUUUAAUUGAAUUCUUUAAAUUUAAUUCCUCUAAAUUUAUAUUUGGUGCUUUAUUGUAGUUUCAUGCAUUGUAUUGAAACACUGUUUUACAUGAAUGAUAAAAUUUUUAUUUAUAUGCAAAAUGUACUAAGACAGUUUAACUACUUAAUGUUCCUCUUGAGGUUGGCGAUACAUUAGAAAGUUUUUGCAGUACUGCGAGAAGGACUUUUAAUUUUAAGGCAUGAAUUGAACUGCUUUAAAUUAUGCCUCACGAAAUUCAAGGAAUCUCAUCUUUAAUUCAAUUUAAUGUGUGAUGGCUUAAUGGUGCGUCACGUGGAUCAUGUGGAGAACAUUAUUUGGCUGUGUUUAAGCUCAUUACCAGAGGAAAAAGUCAUAAUUUCAGAACACCAUGAUUACAUUUUAAAUACCAUUCACAGGGAGAAUAUUUUAAUGCAUAUAUUAAAAAGUAAAAUAAUGAAGGGGAAUAUUAUGAAAAGGUAUCAUACAUUAAAACGUACAAGUUCUUUUUUUCCUUUUAAAUGUCUGAAACAUUUUCCUGUUGGGCUGACUGUAAAUGCAGAACUUUUAUCUUGUUUGGUUGAUUUGUUCUUGCUGUUUACUGUAGGGUCAUGUUUAAAUAGCUCCUAUAUGUUGUUUGCCUUUUAUACAACAUGUCAUAAUCUGUAUUGACUUUAAAAGUGAUGUAACCAUUACACCUCACUGAAACAGGCUUUUGCUGUCACUCUGUAUCCAUCAGUCUACUGUAUUUGUAUUGUAUGCUUGACCAGGUUUUACUUUGAUAGUUUUAAAGCUGUAUUCUAGAGCGUCAUCUUAGCAUCAGGAUAUCAGAGAUUGAAAACAAUUCUCAUUUUUAAAAGAUACACUUCACCUGAACCUGAAAGCCCAGUUUGGAAAAAACAAAAAAAGAUUCCAGUUACCCACUAUACUACAGCCAGAAACCUGUUUAUGGCAGGGAAUAUUUUAAGAUGAGUCCUAAGUAAUUGAGAUUCAGUAAUGUCUAAAAGAACACAGGUCAUUUCAGGGCAAUACAAUCAGAGAUUUGGAUUUAUUGUUUGCAUUUUUUGUGCAUUUAUUCCUUCUUUCACUUAUCUAAUUUGUUUGUAGGUUAUGCGGUUCUGUUCAGGGUGUGGGAUGGGUUUCAUUAAUAAAAUAAUGUAAUGUU